AUGUCAGCGCCUCAAUUGCCAAUUGAGGCUUUUCCGGCCUGGGCUCUCUUGAAUGAUGUGGAAUUCAAAAGCGCAGAGGUACGAAGCAUUGAGGGCAAAGGCUUCGGCCUCGUCGCCAAGAAGGAUAUUCCAGGCGUGAGCGACGACUCCUCCAGCACGGAAGCAAUCAUCCGAAUACCCCGAGAUCUUGUUCUAUCUGCCGAGGCUGUGGAGGCAUAUGCCAAAGUUGAUCAACAUUUCAGACAGCUACUUGAAGUUGCUGGACACCAAAGCACUAGGGGCGAUAUCCUGCUGUAUCUACUAACACAUCUCAUUCUAUCUAAAAGAAACUCUUCAGGUAGCAAGGGAUGUGCUUCAACACCAUGGACCGAGUAUAUCAAGUUCUUGCCCAGGUCAAUCAGCGUUCCCACCAUGUGGACAAGUGAGGAGAGAGAGUUUUUACAAGGCACAUCUCUUGAGUCCUCGGUAAACGCAAAGCUCUCCGUUCUUUCCCGUGAAUACGACGAGCUUUCCGAAAAGGCAUCAACGCUACCCUUUUGGAAUGAUCUCUUGAGCGAAUCAGGGAUGCUGGAAGAUUGGAUCUUGGCAGAUGCCUUGUACCGAUCAAGAUGCUUGGAGCUCCCCCACGCCGGACUCGCCAUGGUCCCGGGGCUGGAUAUGGCAAAUCAUUCGCCAAAAUACUUGGCACGCUAUGACGAAACCCCUGAGGGCGAUGUGGUAUUACUCCCGAGCUCAGGAUCUGGGGUGUCAUCAGGGGAGGAGAUCACCAUCUCUUAUGGGGAAGCCAAGUCAGCGGCCGAGAUGCUGUUCAGCUAUGGCUUCAUCGACCAAGAGUCCGGUGUAAAGGAGCUGGUACUGCAUCUCGAUGCCCUGCCCGACGAUCCCCUAGGGAAAGCCAAGUUUCACAUCUACAAAGGCCCACCAAUUGCGCGGCUAUCUCUGACGGAAGGAAACUUCCGGUGGCACAGCCCGCUGCUGUAUCUACUAAUUCUAAAUGAAGAAGACGGCCUUUUGUUCCGAGUGCUGCAAGAAAACACGUCGGGAGCUCGCGAACUAAGGGUUUUUUGGCAAGAUGAAGAUGUCACUGGGCAAACCGACGAAUUCGAAUCUCUCAUCCAAGAUCACCCUCUUUGCCAAAUAUUUAAGCUCCGAGCUGUGUCUGUGCUAGAGGAACGGGUUACUGCGCAACUAGAAAAAAUCACCGCCGAGAUCUCGUACGGGGCAACGGAGCAAUCGCAGGCAGCAAAUCAACCCCGCGUGGAGUGCAUGCUAGCGGCGGAGAAGCUGAGAGAUCUUGAAGCUCAAAUCUUGCAAGGUGCGGCAGCAGCGCUAGAAAACGAGAAGGCGAGGCUGCUUCUGGACGCUCGCGUGGUGACAUAUCUCGGGUCUAUGGAAGAUACCCAAAACGAGCAAGCGUCUGACCAGGCGUCCAAUGAGGACGACGACUUUAGCUAA